AAGAUGAUACCUGUCAUUGGACAGGGAGGAAAAAUUAGACACUAUGUGUCCAUUGUCAGAGUGUGCAAUGGCAACAAUAAGGGUGAGAAAAUAGCUGAAUGUGUUCAGUCUGACACUCAUACAGAUAAUCAGGCAGGCAAACAUAACGACAGGAGAAAAAGCUCACUAGAUUUCAGAACUGCUGCCUCUCCAACAAGCAAAGUUUCCAGCCAGAGACGACGCUCCUCCAUGGCCCGGAUACAUUCCAUGUAGAUUGAGGUGCCCAUCACCAAGGCAGCAAUCGAUAUCAUCAGUGCUGCCCAGAAAAGCAGUCCCAUGCCUGUGACAGAAGCCUUAGAUCGUGUGGUGGAAAUUCUAAGAACCACUGAAUUAUAUUCAGCACAAUUCGAUGCUAAGGACGAUGAUCCUCAUGCCAUUGACCUUGUUGGGGGCUUAAUGUCUGAUGUUUUGCAAAGACCAUCCAGGAAUGAGUAUGUUCUUUCAACAAAAAACCUUCAACUCGGGCCAUGGAAAAUGAGGAAUCCUGGGACUGUAGACGACGCUCCUCCGUGUUCAACUCGGGCCAUGGAAAAUGAGGAAUCCUGGGACUUUGAUAUUUUUGAACUGGAGGCUGCCACUGAUAAAAGGCCUUUGAUUUAUCUUGGUCUCAAAAUAUUUGCUCGCUUUGGAGUCUGUGAAGUCUUGAAAUGCUCUGAGACAACGCUGAGAUCGUGGCUGCAAAUUAUCGAAGCCAAUUAUCAUGCUUCUAACCGCUACCACAAUUCUACACAUUCUGCCCAUGUGCUUCUUCACGCCACUGCCUAUUUUCUCUGCAAAGAGAGGAUAAAGCAAACUUUAGAUCCACUUGAUGAGGUCGCUGCCCUCAUUGCAGCCACUGUCCAUGACCUGGACCACCCCAGGAGAACCAACUCCUUCCUGUGCAAUGCUGGGAGUGAACUGGCCAUUCUGUAUAAUGACACUGCUGUGCUCGAGAGCCACCACUCAGCCUUGGCCUUCCAGCUGACCACUCCUGAUGAUAAAUGCCACAUCUUCAAAAACAUGGAGACGGAUGGCUACUGGACACUGCGCCAAAGUAUUAUCGACAUGGUCUUAGCCACAGAAAUGACAAAGCACUUUGAACACGUCAACAAAUUUGUCAAUAGCAUCAAUAAGCCCUUGGCAGCAUUAGAGGAAGAUGUGGAAACUGAUAAAAAUCAAGAAGCCAUAAUCACUAUGCUCAGAACUCCAGACAACCGCACUCUGAUCAAACGAAUGCUGACUAAGUGUGCUGAUGUGUCCAAUCCCUGCCCACCCCUGGAGCAGUGCACUGAGUGGGCCGCACGUAUCUCAGAAGAAUGUUUUUCUCAGACUGAUGAAGAGAAGUGACAGGACUUGCCUGUGGUGAUGCCAGUUUUUGACAGAAAUACCUGCAGCAUCCCCAUCUCUUUCACUGACUAUUUCAUCACAGACAUGUUUGCUGCUUGGGACGCCUUUGUAGACCUGCCUGAGUUAAUGCAGCAUCUUGACAACAAUUUUAAAUACUGGAAGGGACUGGACGAAAUGAAGCUGCGGAGCCUCCGCCCACCUCCUGAAUAGUGGGCGACACUGACUGGGGCCCUGACGCUGUGUCCCUCCAGUCACUUGGGAUUCCUGAGGGCAGUCAGAGUUCCUUGCUCCUUUCGUCCCCCGGUCUGCAGAGCCUGGAAGAGCACACACGGACGUCGGCAACCUUCUGUAGCCACCAUCUGAUGCCACUGCCAUACAGUGAGACUUGGUCCACUCAAGGUACCUGCGCCUGCUGCGGGGGCUCUUCAGAAAGUCACGUGAGAACCACGGUUUGCAUUCGCGUCCAUUAAAACAU